AUGACACGCACAAUGGAGCAGCCCGUACUGUAUAUUCCCGGUAGCAAUGUUACAAUGCCACAACUUGCUGGUCAAGUUGGCUCCUCAUGGAAUGGCAUCUCAUCUUGUGAUCCAAGUAUGCAAACGAAUCCUGCGCCUUCAAACAAUCCAGCCGAGCCUCCCAUUAUUAAUGUUUCUGAGGCGGGGCCUUUACCUAGUGGGCAAGAUCCUAUGGCGAUGAUGAAUGUAUUCGGUUCAUCUUCACCCUUAUGUCCUAAACAAGGAGCGUAUGCAUCUCAUGUAUCAAAGUCAGUUAUUCUAGGGAAUCAAGAAGAUCUCAGUUCGUCUAUGUCGGUUUAUUAUUCACCAGACUCUGCCAUGUCAUCAGGAACGCCAUGUUUUUCUACUCGCCAGACAGGGCCUGAGAAUGUAUUGGAUCCUACAAACGGCGUUCGUCGACAAGAUUCUUCAAACCUUAAGGGUUUCUUAAAGUUGGAUGUGAACAUGGGUUUUAUGGGAGAUGGAAAGAUUGACUCACCUACUUCGGGUCUGCAACCUGUUAUCGGCUGGAAAAAACGUCGCUCCGUGUCUGACGUUGGUCCACGCACGCCCUCAAUGCUUGGACCCUCUAUGGACGCUCUUCCAUCACCCAUUGAUGACUUAUCGUACUUGAUCAACUCUAUGGGCAGUCGCGCCCAGACGGAUAGGCCUUCGAUGAAUUUAACACAUUCAGAUGAACAGGAUUCGGCCUUUAACUUUGGGUCAUUGAAUCUGCACGCAGAAAAGCACCCGGUGUCACAUGUCGCUUCGCAAUCUACCGCAUCAGCUCCCGGAGCAAUGGAAGGAGAUGGUGACGCAACUUCAAUGACUCAAGCAAAAUCCUCACUCCAAAACACCUUGGAACAGGCUGGGAAGUCGGCUGCUACAUUGGACCCAUCGUAUAUCCCCACAAUGAUGAAUCCAACCCCAUUAGUGGAUAGUUCAAUCGUGGAUGCACUCUCCAGUCAAAACUUAUACGAAACGACGCUCGAAGAUGCAAAAGAGGAAAGUUCUACGGGGCCAAUUCGAACUUGUCCAAGUGGGCGGAGCUCACGUUCUGUGAGUCCGUAUCACGCAUCAACUCGAAGUCUAACCCCCGAGUCAGAGAGGAGCUUGGAGGAAAGUGCUAUUUAUGAUUCGGCUUUGCGGAUGUCUCAGUGGAGAUUUCCGCUUAAUAACUCUCAGGCAGGGCAUAAGAGUGAUUCGCUUCAUCCGUUGGACGCGUAUGGGCAUGCAGUCAACACAUCAACCUUGACUUUCCCAGGAAGUGUGAGAUAUCCAGGUCAUCCCAGAAGUGCUCGGAGACAUAUGCGGGCUGCUAUUUCCGAAGAUUUUCAUGGUCGUGUACGUGUAGGAGGAAUAAGCUCUUGGGGCAAUUCCUUAGACCUUACACACCAAGGCUUCCCUUUGCUUAACCAUUUACCUACGACAGGCGACUCACAAGUUCUAUCUCCUGCGAUGGUUCGCUGUGCCUCUUCGCCAGGCAAACCUUCAGAAUUUCAAGCAUCACCUGCUGGUCAGGUGAUGGACACUGGAAAUAUCUCUGAUCCAAAUGAUAAGCUAGAUUUGGAACGAUCAAAGAAUGAGCCGCAACUGAAGCCUGAACUCUCGAGUCAGAUGGUUGAUUCUAGCCCAUCCAGAAGUAAAGUUAAAGUUGAACCAAUGGAUAACGCUCUCCAAACAGCCGCCCAAACUCAUACACCUGUUGUCACGACUACAGCCGCACAAGCAGCAUCUGCCUCGAGAAGGAAAGCAGAGGCGCUCUUUACGUGUCCCUUCCCAGAUUGUGGCUCCACGUUUACGCGCCAAUAUAACUUACGAGGUCACAUGCGCUCUCACAUGGACGAACGACCAUUCAAAUGUGAAUGGCCUGGAUGCGGGCGCAGUUUUGCUAGAACGCAUGACUGCAAACGGCAUCACAAUUUGCAUUUAAAUAUCAAGCCUUAUCAAUGCGAAAGUUGUGGGAAAACGUUUGCGCGUUUAGACGCGCUUAACCGUCAUCACAAAAGUGAAGCGAGCACAUGCGGUGCUAAGCUACAUGAAUCGAAACCAGUUUGA